CCGUGUUUGCUGGACUGAAUCGUGCGGGUGAAACAGCGGAGCCGUUUGUGUGGGAGUGAGCGCGCGCGUGGCAGCGCGUGAAUGAAUGGCUCGCGCUGACUGACGGGAGGGCUCCGAGCUGCUGUGAUGCAACAGAGCGCGCGCGGCGUGCGCUCAUCUCCUCCUCAGACCAGACGGGUUCUAGCAGGUGGGACACGUGCACUCCCCCGUGAGGCGCGCGGCGGCAUGCUCGGUCAGUCUCCUCAUCUGAUCGGAGGGAUCUUGUGGAUCCAGAACCCGAUGAGAGCGGUUCACCCCAACCUGAGCCAGAAUGGCAUCAACCAUCUGAUGCGUCAGGACGACAUGACGUCUCACCUGGAGGAGGUGGAGGAGUCCGUGGACGCCGAGCCCGUGCUGCUGGACGACGACAGCCCGGGCUACCGGGACAUCAGCCCGUCCGCGUACCAUCGCCGCUCCCCGCCGCACCGCUCCGUGUCCGAGUCGGAGCUGACCCGGUCGGGCUACGUGAAGCUGUCCAAACCGGUGGCGCUCUGGACCCAGCAGGAUGUGUGUAAAUGGCUGAAAAAGCACUGUCCCAACCAGCACCAGAUCUACAGCGACUCCUUCAAGCAGCACGACAUCACAGGGCGGGCCCUGAUGAGACUGACGGACAGGAAGCUGGAGAGAAUGGGCAUCAUCCAGGAGGCCCAGCGGCAGCACAUCCUGCAGCAAGUCCUGCAGCUCCGCGUUCGAGAGGAAGUCCGGACUCUGCAGCUCCUCACGCAAGCUUCUCUGGAGUGCGCUCCGUCUUCUCCGUGAGCGGCGGAUGGAGGUCCCGGACAGCCCUUCCACCUUCCAUGCAGACUUCCUUCCGGACCAAUUAUGUCUUCAAGUCACACGUUGGGUUUGUGUCCUGAUCUUCAGCAGAGACUUUUCUGGAAGCCAAACAGUCCUUCUCCUGAAAACUCCAAUAGUUGCUUCCCCAAAAUGCUGCAUCUUCAGCUAAUUCUGACCUUUGAAGCCAAACUGACCUCCUGCACUUUCCUCAAGCACCAAUCGGUUCAAUCACAGUCAAACGGCUAAACUGUGUUUCCUUUGGACCAUCAGAGAACUCUUCUGGAUUACCGCCUGAUUGGAGUUGAAGAACCCUAACCCAGAGCACCUCUAUGAGUGACGCCAACAUUCUCAUCAGUCUGUAACUCGAGUUUCGUCUUCUGGUCAGUUAGUGGUGUGUUAGCCUCCUCCUGUAGCCCUUUAACGCGUGUUUUCCUUAAGCUUCAGACUGCAUUCCCUCUUUGGCAAUAGGGUGACACUCAUUGCACCAAAGUGUUUGUGCUCUUUCUCCACGUCAUUCUGAGAGUAGACGGUGUUAACUAACCCAAGUGAAGUCUCCCAUUCUCUUCAAACCUCCUCACAUGUGUCAGUUUGCUUUGUGUGGUGACAAAAUCAUGAAAAUACCACCUUAAAAAGUAGGUUAGGAGGGGAAAUACAGGCUGAUUUUCACUGAUGCGUCUGUGGUGUGUCUCGACACAAAAAGUUUAAUACCUCUGUCACGUCUGCAUUUCUGACGUCUGUCCCUUCGUGGAAGGGUCAAAAAUCUGUUAAAACAGGGAAUAGUCCAAGUUUCAAAAUUAAAGCUUUAUAAAAUGUGACUUUAUAUUUAAGGUGGCAUGCUCACGCAGUAAUGGACAUAACCUCUGUGGUAAUCAAUGCUUGCCAUAGACCUCAAAAUUUUAAUUUUAGAUAAUUUAUGGCAGAAAACACAUUUUAGAAGGACUCGGUGAGGAAGGAGAAAACAUGGCCGCUGCACUGCAAAAACAGGUCUUGUCGAAAUAAAUAAAAAAAAUUCUAAAAAUUCGAAAUUUGCUUCUUUAAAUAGGCAAAAUGAUCCACAAUUGGUGUACAAAACAGUAAUUUACUAAGAAUUUAAGGAAAAAAAUUAUAGUAACUAAAGCAUGUUUUGUUUAAAAGAGACAAUGUUGAUUUUGAAAAACGUAAUUUAUGAGAUUAUUUAACUUAUGAUGCAGAGAAUAAGUCAUUUUUCUUGAAAGAAGCAUCUUUUUCCUUCUUAGCAUUCAGUUUUUCCAGCGUGAUUGCCAAAGUUUUGGACUCAACACGGGGGUGGCAGGAGAAACCGCCCUCUCAAAAGCCAGGGGGGAGGGGCAACAGUGACUUCUCCCUACCCCCACAUUUAUCCCUCCGAAUGGAGAGUUAUGUCCGAAGUCCUUCACUACAGACUAUAUCGUGCGUUUGCCAUUUUGUAGUGCUGUCCGAAUCUACAAUUUUAAAAUCAAGUGCCCUAGAAAGUUUUUGCAAAAAAAAAA